AACAAAAAUAGGAAAAGAAAGAAAAGAAAAUACGAACAUUUGAACCGUUGUUGAGUCGCGGUUUUUGUUUUGUUAUAUUUUUUCUAUUUUAUAUUCCAAUUUGUCUUUCUUGUGUCGUCGAUGUGUUUUGUUCCCCAUACAUCCACGAAUCAAAAAAAAAUCAUACUUUUGUUUGCGACUGUUUUUUAGUUUUCUAUCGGAAGGCAUAGGAACGCAUACUAUACUCUGUGUGUUCGAAGAAAAUUGUGGACUAUAUACUGAAAAUACGAGAAUACGAGAAUCAAAAAUAUGUUUUAUUUCGGGAUGAAUCUCUUAUGUGAGAGCUGUUAUCGCUUGAGCUAAAUAAAUCAUAAUUUUUUCGCUGGUGUUUUGUUUUAUUGAUGAAAACUGCUGGCUUAUAAUUGCUGAUAAAAAACAUUUAUGAGUUUUCGAUGAUAAAGUGUUCAAUGUAACGCUCUCGAAGUGUUUAUAUUUCAGAUAUUAAUAUUUUAAACAAAAUUAAACAUUUAUAUGUGCGGUUCGGUGGAUACAGUGCUAAAUUCAUUGUAAUAUGCAUUCGAUACUCUAUUGAGCGAAAUAUAUACAAAGAACCGCAAAUAAACGAUCAUAUUUAUCAAAGUUUUACCCGAUCUUCUGUCGAUAACUCAGUACGCCAAAAAUAUGACGACAGAUACGGCGAGAGAAGAGUGCGACCAAACUUGCGACAUUUCCUUUGUCACCGAGGACGACAUACCUGAGAUAAUCGAUUUUCUGAAGACUUACUUUUUCAAGGAUGAGCCAAUGAACACGUUUCUCGAACUGGGAGAGUGUAAAGAACUGGAAGAAUAUGCAACACAUUGUAUAACAGAUGAUUGUUCCUUUAAAGCAACCAAUUCUAAAGGAGAAAUUAUUGGUGUCUUCCUUAAUGGUAUCAUUCAUAAACCCGCUGCAGAUGCUGAACGAAGUAAUAGUGCCGACGAAUGCAAGCAUGAAAAAUUCAAAAAAAUCCUUAGCCUUUUCGACCACAUUGAAACACUGUUCAAUUUAUUCGACUUAUAUCCGGAAUACGAACGUGCAUUAGAUGGUAAAAUAUUAGCGGUAAAUUCGAAUUACCGUGGUCUUGGUAUAGCCGGUAAAUUAACAACGCGAACGAUUGAAUACAUGCAAGAGCAUUCGAUUCCAUUGUUUCAUGUGAUGUGCUCCAGUAAGUAUUCGGCAAGAGUUUGUGAAAAGCUCGGAUUCGAAGAAGUGUUCAGUCUUCCAUUCUUGGACUAUGUUGUAAACGGUGAAAAUCCGUUGUUACCUGCAGAUCCACACACAGAUAUUAAAAUCAUGACGAAGAGGAUCUGAAAAUGUAAAUGUGAUAAACCUAAACCAUGUUAUUUAUAGGCAACAAUAUAAUUGUUAGAGCUUCAAAAGUACUAAUUUCCCGUAAAACGGGAACAUUUUUUAUUAGUUAAACACUUACGAGACAUUAGGAACAGAAAAUUAGUAAAUGUUAACCGGAAAAUGUUUAAAGCUUUCAUUGUCUGCACAACAACAUAAAUAGUAGUACUCGCUCAGUUGGUUCUUCUUUGCCAUUAGUAACACGAAUGUUUUCGGAUGGACCAAUUGGGCAUUUAAGAUUCAGGUCGCGAAUAGAACACUGAGUGUAAUUGUGGUAGUCGAAGUUUAUCUUUCCUCAGUGGUCUAUCCGGGGUUUUACAUCUUAGAAUGUUUUAAUUUACCUAUUGCAUUUCUAAAAAAAACUCAAUUAUUUACUAAGUAGCUGCCAACAAUGUCUGUUUUAUCAACUAAAAAUGACACACCAAUUGAAAUAGUUUAACUAAACUGUGGACUUAAUGCAGAGCUGGGCAAAAACUUUACGUAAUUUACGAGGAAGAAAAAUUCAAUUAAAUUAAUGUUAAAAUCAAAAUGUGAUUUGUUGAAUUAAAUAAAAAAAAUUAAAUUAAAAAUUGUUGAAGCAACAAAAUUUAGAAA